GGAGUAGCUAGGAGGGGAUCCUCUGUCCCUUGCCUGAGGACCAGCACUGAGGACCAGAACAUCAGCUCUGGGGUCUGGAACAGCUACACUCUGGGAACAGCAGACACCAUCAAUAUUUCUAAAUAUUUAACUUGAAGAAAAAAAUUGCUGGCCUGCUCUCAGCAAACAAUGGUCUGCAGAAGCUCACAAAGAGCUCUGUCUCACAAAGACACCUUGGAAAACUGAGUAAUAAGUAUGUGCAAAAUACCUAUUGGUGGUCAGAUCAAUAGUCUGUCUGUGGCAACAGCACUGAGAGAUGCUAUUUAAGGACCAAAGAAGCACAGCUGUCUGUGGGCCAUGCCCCUUCUAUUCCUCUGCCAUCCACAUCAGUGAGAUCAGGAAUGUUGGAAGAUACAUCUUUGCCUUUUAUUUUUCAUGUUUUUUUCAAGAAGAGUGGGCAACAAGUUCACAAUGGCUUUUCCUAAAGGAAGAUGAACAAAAUUUAACUGCAUUUUAGGACUUGACUCCUGAUGGGCUGGAUUUUGUCUUGGCAGGAUUUUUUGAAGAUUCACGCAGUGUAAGAAGAAACAGCCAAUGGCUUCAGAAUCCAUGGUCCCAGAGCAGGCAAAACAACAUGGGGUAAAGGGGAAAAGGCGGCAGCAACAGCAGCAGCAGCAAACUAGGUCUUCCAACAGUGAUGGUGAAGAUGACAUCUUUGUAUUUGAAGCAAAUGAGUCUUGGAAGGAUUUUCACAGCUCUCUCCUUCACUUCUUCGAAGCUGGAGAGCUCUGUGAUGUUACACUGAAGGUUGGUUCAAAGCUCAUCUCCUGCCACAAACUGGUACUAGCUUGUGCUAUACCUUACUUCAGAGCAAUGUUUCUUUCGGAAAUGGCUGAAGCCAAGCAGACAUUGAUCGAGAUCAGGGACUUUGAUGGCGAUGCGAUAGAAGACCUGGUGAAGUUUGUGUACUCCUCCCGGCUCACUUUGACAGUGGAUAACGUCCAGCCUCUCUUGUACGCCGCUUGCAUUCUUCAGGUAGAACUGGUAGCAAAGGCGUGCUGCGAAUACAUGAAGCUGCACUUCCAUCCCUCCAACUGCCUGGCAGUCAGGGCAUUUGCAGAGAGUCACAACCGCAUUGACUUGAUGGACAUGGCUGAUCAAUACGCUUGUGAACAUUUUACGGAAGUGGUGGAGUGUGAAGACUUUGUGAACGUGUCACCACAGCACCUCCAUAAACUCCUGUCCUCCAGUGACCUGAACAUUGAAAAUGAAAAGCAAGCUUACAACGCUGCUAUCAAGUGGCUGCUGGCCAACCCACAGCAUCAUGCUACGUGGCUGGAUGAAAUCCUUGCGCAGGUACGGCUGCCUCUCUUGCCCAUUUGUUUCCUGAUGGGUGUUGUGGCAAAGGAAGAGAUUGUCAAGCAGAAUCUCAAAUGUAGGGAUUUGCUGGAUGAAGCGAGGAACUACCACCUUCACCUGAGCAGCAGGGCAGUGCCAGACUUUGAGUACUCCAUUCGCACAACACCAAGGAAGCAGACGGCUGGUGUGCUGUUCUGUGUUGGUGGUAGAGGUGGAUCUGGUGACCCAUUUCGCAGCAUUGAAUGCUACUCUAUCAGUAAGAACAACUGGUUCUUCGGCCCUGAAAUGAACAGCAGGAGAAGGCACGUGGGUGUGAUCUCUGUGGGAGGUAGAGUCUACGCAGUAGGUGGACAUGAUGGAAAUGAACACUUAGGAAGCAUGGAAGUAUUUGAUCCUCUCACAAACAAGUGGAUGAUGAAGGCAUCAAUGAACACGAAGAGGAGAGGAAUCGCUCUCGCCUCCCUUGGCGGCCCCAUUUACGCGAUAGGAGGUUUGGAUGACAACACCUGCUUCAGCGACGUGGAGAGAUACGACAUUGAUUCCGACCGGUGGAGUGCCAUCGCCCCAAUGAACACCCCCAGGGGAGGAGUUGGCUCCGUAGCCCUGGUGAACCAUGUUUACGCUGUGGGUGGCAAUGACGGUGUGGCAUCUCUUUCCAGUGUGGAGAAAUACGACCCCCAUUUGGAUAAGUGGAUAGAAGUGAAAGAAAUGGGUCAGCGAAGAGCUGGCAAUGGUGUCAGCGAGCUCCAUGGCUGCCUGUACGUUGUUGGUGGCUUCGAUGACAACUCUCCACUGAGCUCCGUGGAGCGGUUUGACCCACGCAGUAACAAAUGGGAAUACGUAGCAGAGCUGACGACGCCGAGGGGUGGUGUUGGCAUAGCAACACUGAUGGGUAAAAUUUUUGCAGUCGGAGGCCAUAACGGCAACGCGUACCUGAACACAGUGGAAGCGUUCGAUCCCAUAGCCAAUAGGUGGGAGCUGGUGGGCUCUGUGUCACACUGCAGGGCAGGGGCCGGCGUGGCUGUGUGCUCUUGUCUCAGCAGCCAGAUCCGGGACGUGGGACAAGGAUCCAGCAACGUUGUUGACUGCAUGUGACCUCUGCUGCCUCCUCCAAAUUCCAGAGGAAUGAUGGGAAGGGAGGCACUGUAGGGCUUUUAAACACCGUCUUUUGUAUGGUAGGUUACGAAACAAAAGCAAUACAUUUUCUUUGUGAAAAUGGUACCUUCUGCAACUGUCAAGCUUUUGGUGGCUUUCUAUCGAUAGUGAUACAGAAAAACCUGUGAAUACAUGGACUAAAAGUGAAACUCGCAGGAGAAAACCUGCCAAGAGCUGCAAUCAUCCCAUUUUUGAGAAGCUGUAAUUUCAGAAUCACUUGAGGCAACUGUUACAGGGACUGGUCUGUAAACCCGGCACGGGGUGAGGAGAGACCACAGCAGUUGGUGCUGCUCAGCCUUACCCAACGGCCUGCAACACCUUUUCUGGAGGACUCCAGUGCCAUUCAAUGUAACUUAUUUUCAGGAAUGCAGUCUCAAACAUUUUGUAAUUGUACAAGAGCUUUGUAAGACAAAGCAUCUCGAGUUUUAGAAGGUAACGAUGUCCCUGUUGCACACUAUGAUAAAUGAGCAAAGUCCACUGCCCACCUCCCAAGGGACUGCUGGCAGCAGUGGAAAUGGCAGGUACACAGCCUGAAAACUGUCUUUCCAAGUACUUUCUCAAGCUAAUCCCCUUGUUAGAAAGCUGAAAAGAUUUUUGACCUGAGUUUAGCCACUGGAAUGCUGGAAUUCUCGAGUCUUCAAUAACUACCCCCACCAAAAGGCAAGUUUCUGAAUCACUGUUUUUAUAUGAAAUGGAAACAUCUAAUAGAAGUUGCGGUGUUCUGUAAAGACCUUUCAGUGCAAUUCUAGGAGAUGACACAUCCACUUCCAGCAUCCAGUAGCCACUCUGUGGUAAUCCCAGAGGUAGUGGCUCUUUUACGACAGUUGAGCCAGGAAGAUCCAGCCUCAAAACAGGUCGAUAACUUAAAGCUUAUCUAAACCAAAGAGACUCAGCAACAAAAAGAGCUGGAAAUAAACAUCAAAAACUGAGACAGGAACUUGACAAUUUGGUGUACAAACGCAUCUGGUUACACGUUUAGAAACCAUUAAUUCCAAGUAAGGUCCAGCUGGAAAGACAGCAGAUUGUUGUUCCUUGAGCAGACCAGCAACUGCCAGUCCUUUGCAACCACAGUGUCCCAUGACCAGGUUGUGCCAAGUGGCCGGGGGAGCAGUAAACUUCUCUGUGUGCAGUAGUAGGGAAGAGACAGGACAGUGGGAGCGUAAGGCACAGUCAUGUUCUGCUGUUGAGUUGCCAGCAUUUUAGCUUUGUUUCUGGUUCAGAAGGCUUGGGCUUCAGUAGCCCCCAGGGACACAGUGAACGGUACUGUAAAUAAUGAAACCUUGCAAUAAAGCACUUGUACUUCAAA